AUGUCUGUUCUUCCCGUACAGUCACGUGACAUGUUUCAUCUCAUUCCAAUGCCUGGGAAUGCCAGGCGGCAAUCAAAGGACCAAAUAAAUACGUGUAUAGUGAUAUGUAUAUGUUACCCGGGCAUCGUUGGGUUUCCCUUUUUCCUACUGCUUACGAGAGGAUUCCGUGAGCUUACCGUGUACGGUGAUAUAUCAUGGUCCGUGCCUGUUUCCCUCAAUGCGGCCUCAGGUUCUUUGGAUCUGUCGACUGGCGAAUCCACCCAGCUCUUCGCCAUCAAAGAUGAAUUAUACACAACUACGUAUCAAAAUUGUACAUUAUACAAAUCGUUCCGCAACCGAUACAAUUAUGUGCCAACGUUGCCUAUAUUAUUGACUUCGAUCUGUCAGUGA